CCUAGUAUCCGUGGAGUCAGACGAUCUUAUUUUGCCAAAUGGUCCAAGUGGAAGUUGCGCACUGUUUUUAACCAGUCCAACAGGGAACUGGGUCCGUUCGUUUCCGACUCCAACAAAUUGGAACCAACGUCUCAACGCGGAAUACCGCGGCGAAGGAUGGGCCCUCUUGUUCCAGCGACCUGCGUCCUCCUUCUCGCACUGAACGCCGCCGUUUCUCCGGCCUCCAUCAGUCCCGAGGAUUACCCGGCGGAUGAAGCAGAGCGGACGGGCAACAAUGACAACGUUAUUUUCGACGACUACCGGGGAAAGGGCUGCGUCGACGACAGUGGGUUUGUGUACAAGCUUGGAGAACGCUUCUUUCCCGGACACUCGAACUGCCCUUGCGUGUGUACGGAGGACGGCCCGGUGUGCGACCAACCGGAGUGCCCUAAAAUACACCCUAAGUGUACCAAAGUGGAACAUAACGGCUGCUGUCCGGAGUGCAAGGAGGUCAAAAACUUUUGUGAAUACCGGGGAAAGACUUACAAAAUCCUGGAGGAAUUUAAGCCCUCCCCCUGUGAAUGGUGUCGCUGUGAGCCAAAUAAUGAGGUGCACUGUGUGGUGGCGGACUGUGCUGUCCCCGAGUGCGUCAACCCCGUGUACGAGCCAGAGCAGUGCUGCCCCAUCUGUAAAAACGGCCCUAACUGCUUUGCGGGGACCACAAUCAUCCCGGCCGGCAUCGAAGUGAAGGUGGACGACUGCACCAUUUGCCGCUGUCACACUGGGGACUGGUGGAAGCCUGCACAGUGUCUCCGCCGGGAGUGCCUCAACGGGCAGACGUCAUCGUAGGAACCCCCCCUUAGGAGGCAGAUGAGGGGGGGGGGGGCAGCGGCAGCAGUGGCGAAGA